ACUUUUGGUUUUGGGCCGCAAACAGAACUUACGCAAAAAUGCGCUUAACGUAGUACUAGAGUCUAGACCCCCAAAUUGAUUUUAGGCUCGCUAAAGACUUGAAAAAAGAAGCAGAAACUUCUCGACUUUCUCUCUCUUUAUUCCACUUUCCGACGAGGGCAGGUGCAGUCAGAAUUCCUGUGUCAUUUAGUGAAACAGAAGGCAAGAUGUUGGCUACUUUUAACAACAGUGAAAGUGCUUUAUCUGUGGCUGGCCCUAGGCCAGGAAUGGAGUGGUCUACUAUGCCGUACAAUGCUCCUCAGGCCCCUGGGCCGAAUGGAAGACAGCGCACUUCAAGUUUGGAAUCACCAAUUAUGUUGUUGGCUGGUCACCAGAGUGCAAUAUAUACCAUGAAGUUCAAUCCAGAAGGAACAGUCGUUGCAUCAGGCUCACACGAUAGAGAAAUUUUCUUAUGGAAUGUUCAUGGUGACUGCAAAAAUUUCUUGGUUUUGAAGGGUCACAAGAAUGCUGUCCUUGACCUUCAUUGGACCACUGAUGGAACCCAGAUAGUUUCAGCUAGUCCUGAUAAGACAGUCAGAGCAUGGGAUGUGGAAACAGGGAAACAGAUUAAAAAGAUGGCUGAGCAUUCCUCCUUUGUUAAUUCAUGCUGUCCUGCUCGGAGGGGUCCACCUCUUAUAGUCAGCGGGUCAGAUGAUGGAACUGCUAAACUUUGGGAUAUGCGUCAUAGGGGUGCCAUUCAGACAUUCCCUGACAAAUACCAAAUCACGGCUGUCUGCUUCUCUGAUGCUUCUGAUAAAAUCUACACUGGUGGGAUAGACAAUGAUAUCAAAGUGUGGGAUGUCCGCAAAAAUGAGGUCACAAUGACUCUCCAAGGCCACCAGGAUAUGAUCACUGGGAUGUCUUUGAGUGCUGAUGGAUCGUAUCUCCUUACCAAUGGUAUGGACUGCAAGCUUUGUAUCUGGGAUAUGCGCCCGUAUGCUCCUCAAAAUCGUUGUGUGAAGGUCUUAGAAGGUCAUCAACACAACUUUGAAAAGAACUUGUUGAAAUGUGGUUGGUCUCCGGAUGGUAGCAAGGUCACUUCUGGAAGUGCAGAUCGGAUGGUUUAUAUAUGGGAUACAACUUCUCGUCGCAUUUUGUACAAGCUCCCUGGACAUACUGGCUCUGUUAAUGAAUGUGUUUUCCACCCAAGAGAGCCUAUCAUCGGAUCUUGCAGUAGUGACAAGCAGAUAUACCUUGGGGAGUUGUAGACUGUUAUUACUUUCUGAUAGCAACACAUUCAGCAUUAAUGUCAAUUGUGUAAGCGCUUUCGUCUUUCAGGUUCAUCCAUCCAUCACUCACAAGACUAGUUCAAUUAGUUGUACACUAGCAUGAAACUUGAUUUUUCCGUGGGAAACUUUAUAGAUGUGGCAGAUUAAGUUGAAUUGGAGAUCGUGCUCUUAUACUGGGCCAAGUCUGAGGAUUGGAUUAGGAUUUAGUACAGGUAUGCAGUGACUGCUGUUUUGUAUUGGAUGAGGUAGGAUGAGAAAUUAUCAUGACUUUAGAUGCUGCUGCUUACGAAAAUUUAGCAAAAUUUCCCAACUAAUGCUAUAGUCAUUAUGGAUAGAUUGAAAUCGCACUCUCUAGUUAUCUGCUGUAUUCUGUUUUUUAGUAUGUAUUCAGAGUGUGCUUUGUUUAUUUGCCAAUUUUUUUCCUUCAUCUUGUAUGCGAAAAAGCCUUGGACAAGCUUGAAUCUCUCAGUUGGUUCAAUUUCAGAGCAAGUACGGUUUUGUAUCA